AUGGCCGAGUUUGUCCAGCAGAGUAUCGAGGAAAUGCUCCCUGAGCUGGAGCAGAUGGAAAGGAUCGAAUUAUUUACGAAAGCAGAGACGAAUCAAAUACUGAAAAAGAGAAAAGCACUGGAGUACAGAAUGAGGAGAAGAACGAAGUAUAAAGAGGACUACAUGCAGUAUAUUGAGUAUGAAAAGGGUGCUCUGGACUUGAUAAAGAAAAGGAGAAAGAAAACUGGAAUUCAUUACAAGAAGGUUGAAAUUGAUUAUUCCAUAGUCCAUAGAAUUCACAGGCUCUACAGACAAGUGAUAGCCAGGUUUCAGAGUGAUGUGGAGCUGUGGUUGUCACAUAUCAAGUUUUCCCUAGACAGGAAUGAGAAAUCUCAUGUCAGCAGAAUCUUUGCCCAGCUGCUUCAGGUUCACAGCAAGAAUCCAGACCUGUGGAUUCUGGCCGCUAAGUGGGAGUUUGAGAACAACAAGAAUGCAGACAAUGCCCGUACCCUGAUGCAGAGGGGGCUGAGGUUUAACCCCGCCUCUAAAGCUCUCUGGCUGGAGUAUUACAGAAUGGAGCUGCUCUUUGUAGAGAAGCUGAGGAAGAGAAGAGAAUUGCUUCAGUCAACAGGAAUGGACCAGAAUGAAGAAUCCAGUGAGGUCCUGAAUGGAGUGAUUGCCCAGAUUGUCUACAGGAAAGCUCUGGAGGCUUUUCCAGGAGACUUGAAAUUUGCCCUGUCCUUUUUGCCAGUCUGUCGAUUGUUUGAUUUUAUGUCGAAAGAAGAGGAAGCCAUGUUUGAAGGACUGGAGACCCUCUUUCCCUUUGACCCCAACCUGUGGGAGGUCAAGGCCAAAAGACAGCUGGAGAUUGACCAGGAGAACCCAUUAGAGAUGUUUCAUAAGAUAUUUCAGCAGGCAACAGAAAAUGUGAAAAGGGAGGAGAUAUGGGCACUCUACAUUUCUGCCUGCUUCGAUGUUAUUGAGAAACGCUCCCCUUUGGAUGAAGAUUCCAUUGACUUCACUCAGGAAAUAAGCCGGCUUUUGAGAUUGUUCCAAACAGCUUCGGAGAAAAUACUGUUGUCAGAAGACUUGUACAAGCAGUGGGUAAAACUUCUGUUUGAUCUUGGAGAAAUUGGACAGGUAGAGACAGUUUUGGAGGAUGCUGUCACCAAACACCCCACAUGUGUGUCACUAUGGAAACGGAGACUGGAAAUGAUGAUAGGGACCAAUGCUUCAAAGGAGGUGGUGCUAAAAACCUUCAAGAAGGCCCGAAAGAGGGUUCCUGAAAAAGAGAGCUACCCAUUAUGGAUUCUGGUAUUGGAAUUCUGUGCAGCGUGCAACCUUACAGAAAUACAGGAUUUAUUUGAGAAAGGCAUCGUGGCUUGUCGAGAAGUCUGCAUACCUGUGAAGGAAGCUUACUUGCACUGGACCUGCCUGAAGGAAGGGGUCAAGGCCGCAAGAGAGUUGUAUAGCAGACUUCAGCAUUUAAAGCCAUUAUCCCUGGGGUUUUAUCACCUGUACAUUCAACUGGAAAAAGCUCAGGCUAAACAGAAGAUAAAAUUCUUGAGAACAGCCUAUGAAGAUGCAGUGAAGGAGUUUGGAUCAUCUAAUCCUGGGAUCUGGAUUGACUACAUCAGACUGGAGUCGGAACAUCCCGAUGGGAAUGCCGAAUCAGCGGCUCAGAUCCAUUUCAGGGCCCUCCGAAGACUGGAGGGGGAGGCUAACGAAAAAUUUGUCACACAACAUACACUACUGCAGACAGGACAUAUCAACUAAAAAAGUUGUUUUGAUGCCUGGAGUUCAUCCAGUAACAAUUUAAUUGUGUUGAAAGAACAGUACAGUCCAAGAAGUUGGUUCAAAGAAAAUCUCUGGAUGUUCAGCAUAAGAAAUGCUAUUUUAAUUACAUGUUACAUUGAUCAAUGGAGGGAUACAAAGAUUUUCGUUUUAAUAUUUCUGAAUUAUCAAAAUCUUCAAUACUUGAGUGUUUGUGAAAUAGAAAGACAAAAGUUCAUAAAUAAAGCUAUUUUCAGAC